CUUGUACCUUAAAUCACAAAGCCACCAAAACAACACACUUAUCCUCUCCCCCUUUUUUCUCUCUAUCUAGUCACCAAAUUCAUGAUGGGAUACCAAACAAACUCUAAUUUCUCCAUGUUUUUUUCCUCGGAAAAUGACGACCAAAACCACCACAAUUACGAUCCUUAUAAUAAUUUCUCUUCAUCACCUUCUGUUGAUUGCACUCUCUCACUUGGAACACCCUCCACUCGUCUAGACGACCACCGUAGAUUUUCUUCUGCUAAUUCUAACAACAUCUCUGGCGACUUCUACUUUCACGGAGGAAACGCUAAGACUACGUCGUACAAGAAGGGUGGUAGUGAUCAUAGCCUACCUCGCCGUUGUGCUAGCUGCGACACCACUUCAACUCCUCUAUGGAGAAACGGACCAAAAGGACCUAAGUCGUUAUGUAAUGCUUGUGGAAUCCGAUUCAAGAAGGAGGAGAGGCGUGCGACGGCCAGAAACUUAACGAUCUCCGGUGGAGGUUCAACGGCGGCAGAAAUUCCGGUAGAGAAUCCGUACAACGGAGGUGGAAACUAUUACAGUCAUCAUCAUCACUAUGCUUCGUCGUCGCCGUCGUGGGCUCAUCAGAACACACAAAGAGUUGCGUAUUUCUCACCGGCACCGGAGAUGGAAUAUCCCUACGUGGACGAGGUCACGGCUGCUUCGUUUAUGGAUUGUAGUAAUGCUACUUCAGUCGUUGGAGUUGAAGUGGAGCCAGGAAAGCCUUUCACUCUCAAGGCUACCGAAGCAACGGGAAUAAGAAGACUUCACCUUUCCCAUGCGACAUUGGGGGGACUUGGUAAUGAAACAGUUAGACACAUUCUUGUGUGUAACGUUGGGAAUAGAAAACCUCUCUACUUAUGCAUCUUGUCUCCUGGAAAGGUUGAUUCUUGCCAACUGAAUCUGGACUUUGAAGAAGCUGAUGAUAUUAUUUUCUCUGUUAUUGGACCUCUUAGCAUUCACAUUACUGGCUACUUCAUCGCUACUCCUACCGCUUUUAGGCUAAAUGAUAACGUACAAGUAGAUAUGCAGGUUUUAGGGAGGAGUGAUCUUCCUGAUUACCCAUUACCUGUAUUCUGCGAACGUAUAUAUAAGCUGGUGGAUGAUCCUUCAUCGGAUUCAAUCAUCUCAUGGAGCAAAAAAAGCAAGAGCUUCGUCAUUCGAAAUCAGAAAAAGUUCAUUCGCAGAAAGAUUCAUUCGAGAUUCCCUUUUUCUAGCACAUUCGAAAAGUUUAUCUCCAUGCUUAAGUAUUAUGGCUUUAGCGAAAUGAAGAGGUCAGAUGGGCUACUGGAAUUCGGAAAUGAGAAUUUUGUGAGAGGUCAACCUAUGCUUAUGAAGGAGAUGCACCAGAAAGCUAUGAUGAAGAGGAUUAACAAAGAUCUCACGGUAUUUAAAGCUGAGCGGAGAUAGAAAAAAUCUAAAGACUUUUAUCAGAAUCUCAUCAUGCUUGCAGUCAUCUUCUCUUUUCAUGCGUUUGUUGUUGUUCCAGUUGCUUUCUUUCUUGUAUCAAGAAUUUGUUUGGCUUUGUAAUUGAAACUAUGUUAUGUUUUCUGACCAAGGGUCCUCUAUUGCUCAUGAUCGAGAUAUACACUUGUAGAAUUUUGGGGAAAACUCUUAAACCUUGUGUGUAUCGUUUGUUUGUGUUCCAGAACUCUUUUAAAAAAAUUCUCACUUGCUU